GAAAAGUCAGUGAGUGAUCAGAAAGAGCAGCGACUAAGAUUCCACUUGGAGCUGAUACUUCUGGAAUUGGGAGGACCCCUCGCUGGAUAGACUUGACAUCUCCCACAAGUGACCAUGUACAGUGGAUAUGGAGGGAGUCCAUCCCGAGCUCUCUCCACCAUGUCGCUAUCUGUUCGCCCAGCCAGACGCCUCACCUCCAGAUCCAUCACUAGGAGCCAGAGCUUCACUGGAGUCAACACUUACGACAAGCCCUACAGGAACCUCUCAGUGUUCAGCACUCCAGGUCUCAACAGGAAGCCCAGCAGAGCCAGCAGGAUGUUUACUAUGUCGAACAAGUCCAACCCACCACCGAAGGUUCCUCAACCAGAGCGACUGGAUCAGGUCUACGAGGCGCUGAAGAAAGGCCUUCAGUCUUACCUGCAGGUUCAUCAGAUGGACCUGGACAGCCUCAGCAGACAGAUGAAAGAAUCAAAGAGGAACUCCAGACUGGGUUUCCUGUAUGAACUGGACAAGCAAGUGAAGGUGACUGAGAGGUACAUAAGACGACUGGAGUUCCACCUCAGCAAGAUUGAAGAGCUAUAUGAAGCCUACUGUCUGCAGAGGAGACUCCGAGACGGAGCUAACAAGAUGGUGAAGGCUUACACUGCCUCUCCAGGCAGUAAGGAGGCCAGGGAGAGUUUAGCAGAAGCCAAUAAAGGAUACAAAGAGUACACAGAGAACAUGUGUGUGUUGGAGAGCGAGUUGGAGAACCAGCUGGGGGAGUUCCACAUUAAGAUGAAAGGUCUGGCUGGAUUUGCUAGGUUGUGUGCUGGUGACCAAUAUGAAAUCUUUAUGAAGUACGGUCGGCAGCGGUGGAAGCUCCGAGGCAGAAUGGAGAUCAAUGCCAAACAGGUGUGGGACAGUGAAGAGAUGGUGUUCGUCCCACUCGUCAGUGAGUUCCUCUCAGUGAAGGUGACAGAGCUGAAGAGCUUAGCCAAUCAUGUGGUGGUAGGAAGUGUUUCCUGCGAGACUAAGGACCUGUUUGCUGCACUGCCCCAGACGGUUGCCGUGGACAUUAAUGACCUGGGGACUAUUAAGCUGAGCCUUGAAGUCACCUGGAAUCCAUUUGAUAAAGAGGAGCAGGGCUCAGUGGGAAGCACUGUCAACAAAGCUCCAACAGUCAGUAAGAGAAUCUCAACAAUCUUCAACCAGAGUCCACCGGACACGCCAUCAUUACGUGAACAAGCCUUUUAUAACAUGCUCCGCCGUCAUGAAGAGUUAGAGAAUGGAACAGCGUGGUCUAAUUCAUCUGAGUCUUCUGAUGAUUCAUCCAGUCCUCGGCUCUCUGUAGGAGGGCUACGCAACUUUACACAUCAUAAGGCAGUGGUGGUGACGCCGGAAACCCAACCAGCUGUAAGCGGAAGUUCCUCCCCACAGCCUGAUGUCUCAUUCUGCUCCUCAACUCCAAACUCCACCCACAGAGUCAGCACUGUCAGUGAGGUUCCCAACACGUCCAGACACCAAGCACACAGCAACAGAGAAGAGGAGACACUCAGUGUGGUGACAAAACCUGACGGUGAGGAAGAGGAUGCAGGGAAAUCUUCCACAGCUCCAGCUGAUGAGUCGGUGAGCAGCAGCCACACCUCCCGCUGCUACUCCCGCUCUCUGAGCCACAUCAGUGAAAGCAGCGCUGACGGCACCCUGUUGAUGGACAGGUCGGCCGAAGCGGGAGAGGUGAUGUCUCUGGCCUCCGGGCUCUCCAUCAAUGACAUUGUAAUGGAGAUGCCCAGCAGAACUCCUGAACCGCCCAGCUCUGCUGCUGCAACAGACGCUGACCUGUCACCAACGAGACUCGGUGCCGUCGAAGAAAACACAACAGCUGAUGGUGUCAAAGAUCAACAUCAACAACAGGACACGUCCAGCUCUGUCCUCACAUCCUCUUGUCCCAGGACUGAAGGGGCGCACCCUAACACUCCAGAACAAAUGAACACACAGCCAGAGGGCGACACGCUCCCAGAGAGCGGGGAUGUGAUGUAUGUAGCCCGCAGGGUGUCGGUGGAGGAGGAGACGUCAGGCGCAGGAGCAGCAGAUUGUCUGUCCAGUGGGAGCGAUGUCCCCGUGGACAGCGGGCUGGAAGACGCCCUGGCAGCUGUAGUUUCUUCUCUGGAUGAUUACAGAGGACAGUUCCCUGAGUUACAACUACUGGAGCAGGAGCUGAAGCUGCUGCAGGUUACACUGAAGGGCGGUAGGCACAGCCGCUCCCCCAGCGUUGUGAGCCUCACGGUGGAAACAGCUCUGGGCAGCUUCGACUUCCUCAACACGUCUGACUGGGAGGAGGAAGAGGAGGAGAAGGGCGACAGGAGUAGAAGAACUGGCCGGUCUCUGCAGGACAGGGGCUGGGACAGCCCCGCCUCCCCGGCCUCUCCCCUCACCACGGGCUGCACCACUUUAGACCGCUCUCUGGUGGUUCACCUGAAGAACUGCAGCACACAGCUGUUGUGUCUGGGUAUGUUCGGUCCGCUGCGGUGUGGAGAGAUGUACGCCUUGGACAGACUGCUGAGAGAGGCCCGAGUCCUAGAAAUCAUCCGACGCAUCGCCAAGGACAACCCGAGACACCGCAGACAGCCUGCUGAAGUGAUCCCACAGCUGGGCCUGUGCCUUGGAGCUGGGCCACUAUGGCAACAGAGUGUGGGGGAGGGCAGCAUGUACAGCGUCUCUGCUGAGAGCCUCCUGGCUACACUGGCUACAGUCUACUCCAGAGUACUGCCUGAGAGGGCCAGCAGCAUGGCCGACACAGUGUUCUUGUCUCUGGUUGAGCGAGUGCUGGAUCAGAGGUUACCACGGCGGGGCAGCAACAGAGACGAGGUGAUGGUGACUCUGUUCCAGCUCUGGAGUUACUUGGAAGCCAACUGCAUCACUGACAUGGAAACACACGUCUCUGAGCUGGCAGAAGAAGUGUGGCUGGUGCAGAGCCUGGCGUCAGGUAACCAGGAUGUGAUCGUCCACGCUCUGCGGCGUCCUGCAGAGUGCAGCCUGAGGAGGGAAGGACUUCACGCUGUGGCCAAAUUACUGAAAGACCCUCGAGGCAAAGUGUCAGCCUCCGCCAGCUCGAUACUGAGGAGCCUGGCUGCCCAGCCCAAACAGAGAGAGCAGGCUUUGGUCAGCUGUUUGGAGCUGCUGGAAGAUGAAAACGUGAAUACCAGAGUGUGUGGAUGCAAAGCCUUAGCUUGCCUCAAGGCCAAAGAAAGUAUUGACCAGCUGGUGUAUCUGUGUCGGACGGACAAGGACGAAGUCCGCGAUGCUGCCAAACAAGUGCUGCUAGUGCUCGGCGAGGAGGGGAAGAUGGCCCACAGACACGUGGAGACGUCUCAGGACAGCAUACCCAAACUCUUCGCUCCAGGAAGCAUGGCCAGCACAGCUUUCUAACACUACACACACGCACACACACACACACACGCACACACACACACACAGACACACAACAAAACUAGAAAGUCAGCAACACAAUAUGUGUUGUGUUUUGGCAGUGCUUUAACACAAUGUCACAAUGAGAAUACACAGUAGGUUUUCCUUCUAACCCUUUAAUACCACUAAAAGAUACAGAGAGACAUAUAGUGUAUGGCAUAUAGUAUGUACACUGUUGGAGAGAUUGCAAUAAUACAUCAAGGAUAGAAACACUGGCAAACAUUUGCAGCCAGUAAGCUACAAACACACCACUUUAUGUUUCUCAGCCUGUGCUAAAUACUCAGUUGGACUGUAAAGAUGCUGGGAAGGAUGUACAAUGUUCAACCCUGAUUCCAAAAAAGUUGGGACAGAAUACAAUAAUGAAAUAAUCCUUUGGGACAUAUAUUCAAUUAAAAACUGUACUAAGAAAAUAUAGUUAACCUCUUAAAACCCACCUGCCAGCCAGCAGGUAAGGAGGUUAAAACUGGUGAAGGGACAACGAAGCUUCGUGAACCAUUUGCUUUAUUUAUGGAGUCCACUAGAUGGCGCUCUUUGUUCAACAAAGGGCUGAAAACACACUCAAUUGCCAUUGCUAAAGCCUUUUUUUAGCCAAGAACGCCACCUAGUGGGGUCAAAAAAUAAGGCAAUUGGCUCACGAAUCUUCAUUGUCCCUUCACUAGUUAAAACAAACCAAACCAAAUGUUUUAACCAUAUGCUAAACAGAUGCUACCUUUUUAAUGAAGCCUCAUACAUGCAUUUUGGCCUUGCAGUUCUUCUGUUAUAAGCUUUGGAUGCUUUUUUUUUUUGGUUAACUCCUGACCCUUCCCCUACUCCUAAAACUACCCGGGCAGGUGGGCUUGAGAGGUUAAUGUUCAAACUGUUGGUUUUAUAAAUAUAAACUCUGAAUCUGAUGAUAAUUUGUAGUGAAGGGACAACGAGGCUUUGUGAACCAUUUACUUUAUUUUUUGACCCCACUAGAUGGCGGUUUUGGCUUAAAAAAGGCUUUAGCAAUGAUUGAGUGUGUUUUCAGCCCUUUGUUGAAUGUCAGCGCCAUCUAGUGGGCUCUGUAAAUAAAGCAAAUGGUUCAUGAAGCUUCGUUGUACCUUCACUAAUUAUUUGCGUCCCAACUUCUUCGGAAUGGGGGUUGUAAGCAGGCUUGAAUAGAAGGAUGGAUAAAGGGAGGAGUAGAAGGAUGAAAUGGACAGUGAGGGAUGAAGUUGUGGUGCAUUGAAGAGGACGGAGACACGUCUGCAUUGACCUGAGGCAAAUUCAAGUCAAACAAGUGGACAAACUCCUUCCAGUCACAGUCUUGAAAGCUAUUUAAAGUCACUUUUUUAGAUAAUUCACAUUUUCAUAGCCUACUAAGUGCCCAAAAUGUUGAGUUUCUUGUAUUUUUGAUGAGUUUUACCACUUUGACUCUCUUGACUGGUUACACAGUGAACCAGUAGGCAUAAAAAUCCUAUUCUACAGUGUAAUGUUACCCCUCUGAAUGGACACUGCUGCUGCCUCUAGAUUAGGCUAAAAGUGUUUUUUGGAACAAUUCUGCUCCUGAUGGACAGUUUGUUCCGUCAAGUGACAUUCCUUCAAUAUAUUUUCUCAUACAAUUCUGCCUUUACUGUAGCCGUUAGCUCUACUCAUGCUCGUUGAUUUCAGUUUUUGCCAGAUGGCUGUGGUGACCUGCACCAAGGCUGUAGUCAAGACUACUUAAGACGAGUUUUGUUACUGAGUCAAGGCCAAGUCCACAUUAAACCAUAUCAACACAGACCCAAAAAUAAAACCGUGCCCAUUCAGUAUCCUUCACUGCUGUUUGUAAAUCUGCCUAAAUGUUGCAUUAAUUGCCAACUGUGAUUUGUGGUUACUACUCCUAGAAAUUGAAUAGUAUUAGAAACAAAAAUGUUCUUGCACAAUGUUACAAGCUAACUAUAACAGUAUGAUGUCUGUCCACAUAUAUUUGUACAAACGUACAUGUUUAAAAUGAUGCUUGGUUGGCAAAGAAAUAUUGAUGACGAGAGGGAUUACCUGCACAGUGCAGAGCAGUGAGCGUGAUAUUAAAGAAGUUAGUGUGUCUUAGUUUGGACAAUUGACAGCAGAACUUCACUCAAAAGUAGGGCUGGGCGAUAUGGACCAAAAGUCAUCUCCCAAUACAUUUAGGCUGAGAAUUGAUAUACAAUAUAUAUCCCGAUAUUUAUAUCGCAACGUGAGAGCAAAUGUUCAGUCAAAGUCAAAGCCAAAUAUGACAUGUCACAAGUAGUUUUAUUGAAACCGUUUAUUUAAGUGAACAUAAAUACUGUAUAACAACACGAGUACCUUUAAAAAAAAAAAAAAAUUAAAAAAAAAUCCAGGUCCAUAAAGUGCACAUUUAAAUAAAAGAUAUCUUAAAUAUAAAUAGCCUAUGAAAUAAAAUAGGCCAAUCUUUUUCUGAAAUAAACAUAUUUAUAUGAAAAAACAAUGACAUUACAAAAUAAUUAAUGACAAACCCUAGUAAGGGCAGCAUUUAUUUAUAAAGAGAUUUUUUUUAAUUCCAUAUCACAUUUAAAAAAUAAAUCUCUGUCAAUAUAUUGCCCAGCCCUACUCAAAAGUAUGAGUCUAAACACCUGAAAGAGACUAAAGUCUGAGACCACAAUCAACCUCUCCAGCCUGACAUGCAAUACACUUAAGAAGGGAUAAGCUAAAACUGUAGAGGAAGUCACCAUGCCUGCAUAGACACUGUGAUCUAUCAUUUAAAUAGGAAGUAUUGCUUUGUUUUCAAAAUAUAGAUAUUCUCAACUUUCCAUUUUUUAAUUCCUUUCACACUAAUUACAUUGUGAACCCAUUAAUCUCCAUAGGGACAGAAGCAUCAGUCUGAAUUAUUAGUUUAAAAUGAUUUGACUGAAUCAUUGCCCCUCUCCAUUAUGGCUAUAACCAGUGGUGGAAUGUAACUAAGUACAUUUACUCAAGUACUGUAAUUAAGUACAGUUUUGAGGUACUUGUACUUUACUUGAGUAUUUUUUUACUUAAUACUUCUACUCCACUACAUUUUAGGCAAAUAUUGUACUUUAGUUACAGCUUUAUUUACUUUUCAGGUCGAGAUUUAAUUAAACCUCAUAACAGUAUAUUAAGAAGUUAAAUGAGCCCUACCUUAAGAAAAUACAAACACUGCUUAUAUGAAUGCAUCACAAAUAAUAUAUUUGGAAUAUAUAAAACAAUCUGAGUGGGUCCAUUCUGCAGUGGAGAAGAAGUAGUCUGUUUAGAGGUUGUCCUGUAGAUCACAGACUGUGUUGUUGUUGCAGAGCCACGCCCAGGGAAGCAAAAAAAAAUGAAUGAGAUUUUUUAUUGGAUUGUAUUUGUUGAUAUGCUGGAGUCCUUUGAGCCAAAUCUACAUGAGAUGUGUGAGCAGGUGGGGGCUUCACGGUGUUGCUCAGGAUGACAUGUUGAUGCAGGGACAGAUACUGGAGAGCUCAAAACACAUAUAUCCCUGCUACUGCUGGCUAAUUAACUGUGAAAUGUCUUCCACUUCAAAGGUUAAAAAUGAAUGUUUUUCAUUUCCUCUAUUGCUGGCCCUUAUGUUUAAUUCUGUCAAUAUGUGGGCAAUAGAUUUAAAGUAAAGGCAAACAAUGUAGUUCUGUAUGAAAGCUUGAGACUGUCGAAAACACGUUGCUGCUUCUGCACAGAGAAUGGUUUAAGCAAUUCAGUGCCAUUACUCUUUACAAUAAUGACAUAUCUUAUCCUUUAUGGAAAUACAUAUAACUAUAUGCCACUGGAAUUCAAUUGUGUGAUGAUAAACUGUUUUUAUCUUAGCAGAGUCUUGAUUUGUAAAUGUAAAGUUUGUUGAAUAAGAUGCGUUUUUUACUGUUAUGAGUAAAAAUGUUAUUUUCAGUCAUUCAACCAAUCAAUUAGAUUGCUAAUUGAUUAAUUGUAUGACUAAACUGUACCACUGCAUGACAUAUCUGCUGUAAAAGGGGUCUGUUUGCAUUCCUGUCACACACUGCUGUAGAGGAUUACUGGGUAGAGAUAGAUUGCUCCAUCCAGGUCUGGGAUCAGUUUACUUUAAAUUCACAUGAAUAACAGUUGAAACUUGAAGGAAGGAGAAAGAAUAUGAUUUUUUUCAUGUCUAGCUGUGUUAGUGUUGGCAUCCUAAAACAUUUAAUGGUAAUAAAUAUGAAACAACUGGGUUGUAUUUCAAGUAAAUUGCCACCAGACUUGGAAAUAUAAGUUAUUAUAGGGUCAUACCAGUGUUUCUGCAUGUUUGUGCCAUUUGCUGAAAAUAACAAGUCUUUACAAUGCUGCUUACCCAUUACACUUCCCAAAGAAAUACAGUGAAGACUGAUUUUGCCCCUUUUUAAAUCACAAUACCUUUAUUCAUAAUAAGUUUAUUUUAUAUUUAUGACAGCAACAUCUUCAUAAUUAUGAAAUAGGACCUCACUCCUUUGAGAUAUUUACCAUAAUUGUGAUCUAUCUCGUUAUUAUGAGAUUCUAAUUAAGAGUUGGGGAUGAUGUCAUAAUUUGCUCCUUUUUUUAAAACUUUGGUGGAUGCAAUUUGGGUUCAUUAUAAAGCAAAGCUAAUAGUCUUUGAUUUUUCAAGUCAAGUCAAAGUGUAUUUAUUUAAAACAACCUCAGUUGAUCAAAGUGCUGUACAGUUAUUAAAAUACAAUAAAAUCAUGCGCAAACAUAAUAAUAAAUAAAACAAAGAAAUAGUACUAAAACAAUAAAAUAGUAAUAAAAAACUCCAUUUAAAAUGUUCAUCUGUUUUUUCUCCCUCUGAGAAAACAUCAUGUCUACAACAGUAAUGUAACAUUGAAACAAAGAGCUAAUGUUCACUGUGAGGGAUCACCAAACUCAAGCAAAUGUCAGCACUGUAACUUGAUAAUGAUACUGUACAAGUUAAAAAAAUGUACAACGCUUCAAUAUUGGGAUAAUUGCCAGCAAAAAUUCAUGAAUGUGUAAAAAAAAACAUGUGAAAACACUGGUAUAA